AUAAAUGGGAACGAUUCGCUGAGAAGAGGCUAUUAGACUCGUUAGUUUAGGGAAUCAAUUAGAUUGUUCGUUCUAAGUGGCAAGGACGCGCCAAGAAUCCCAUCGAACGUCUACGUGAUGUGUUUACUAUUGUUUCAAAUUGCGGGCAGCAUGAGGCAACGUAAGACCGGCACGCUUGGCGCCGCGGCGCCUAUAUCUACGAAGGAGGAACGAUUGAAGUUCCAAGACAACAGGUUCCUGACGACAUUCGUACUCGGCCGAAAUAGAAAAAUAGCACCAGACGUCCUGCCUUCUUGUUCGCCGGGAAUAUUCCGACAGAAGUCCUUUCGCGCUUCGUCACCGCCGAAAAGUGCCAGUGCCGUGACAAAAAACCCAGCCGCAACGAAUAAUCGCGAUCGCGCCUGCGCCGAUCUAACCAGUCCACGUGAUUUAAAAACAUCAAACAGCAGUAGUCGGUCAAAAAGCAGCGGCGUGUUGCUUCUCGCGCGGGGCACCCGGGGUACCAGCAAGCACGCGCGCCUUGGCACGGUACUGGCGAACAAAAUGGCGUCCUCGAGCUCUAACACGGUGGUGCAGGGCUGGCCAAACACCAAGGACGACUAUGAGCUCAAAGAGGUUAUCGGGGUGGGAGCGACCGCCGUAGUGCACGCGGCAUUUUGCAUUCCACGGCAGGAAAAAUGCGCCAUCAAGAGAAUAAAUUUAGAAAAAUGGAACACGAGCAUGGAUGAACUGCUGAAAGAAAUACAGGCAAUGUCAUCCUGCAAUCAUGAAAAUGUCGUCACAUAUUACACGUCGUUUGUGGUAAAAGAAGAGCUCUGGCUGGUCCUCAGGCUUCUCGAGGGUGGAUCCCUCCUAGAUAUCAUCAAACAUAAAACAAGAACCACAAACUGUAAACACGGUGUAUUCGAUGAAGCUACAAUAGCUACAGUGUUACGAGAGGUACUCAAAGGUCUUGAGUAUUUUCACAGUAACGGACAGAUACACAGGGACAUCAAAGCAGGGAACAUCUUGCUAGGAGAAGAUGGCACCGUGCAGAUAGCCGAUUUCGGUGUCAGCGCUUGGCUUGCAACGGGACGAGAUUUAAGCAGACAGAAAGUCAGACACACGUUCGUGGGCACUCCAUGCUGGAUGGCACCUGAGGUCAUGGAGCAGGUGAGAGAGGACCAUGGUUACGAUUUCAAAGCAGACAUUUGGUCACUCGGGAUCACCGCGAUCGAGAUGGCCAGUGGUACAGCACCGUAUCAUAAAUACCCACCGAUGAAGGUCCUCAUGUUAACCUUGCAAAACGAUCCUCCGACCUUGGACACAGCUGCGGACGACAAAGAUCAGUACAAAGCGUAUGGUAAAACAUUCCGGAAAAUGAUCGUCGAUUGCUUGCAGAAGGAUCCAACGAAGAGACCCACAGCGACGGAGCUGUUGAAACAUCCAUUCUUCAAAAAGGCAAAAGAUAAAAAGUAUCUGCAACAAACAUUGGUAGCUAUUGGGCCUAGUCUUGAAACUCGUGUACAAAAGGCCUCGAAAAGACAACCUGGCACGUCGGGUCGCUUGCACAGAACGGUUACAGGGGAGUGGGUUUGGUCGUCGGAGGAAGAGGACAGCGACGCGUCUAGCGCCGACGAAGGCAAGGAGGCUCUACCAGUUAACACGAUCGAGAAUCCUAGCAGCGAGGAGGAGGAGGAAGAGGUUUAUGGGCUGGUUAAAUCGGUACCUAGUAAGCUUGUUGUGCAGGCUACAGACCAGAACGUUCCUAUAAAUUUGGUACUAAGAUUACGGCGUCCAGAAUCACAUUUUACCCUUGAAGAGAAUUCCAUAAAUCAGAAGCGGGAGCUUAACGACAUUAGAUUUGAGUUUGCUGUCGGGGUAGAUUCUGCCGAAGGGAUUGCUGCGGAAUUAGUCGGUGCUGGUUUAGUGGACGGCAAAGACAUUGUCGUGAUAGCAGCAAAUUUACAAAAAUUAAUAGACAGUGCCGGUCAAUUACGGACAGUAACAUUUUCACUGAAUUCUGGUCAUGCAGCUAACGAAGUGCCAGACGAUAAGGCGUUAAUAGGAUUUGCUCAGAUCUCCAUCACCGAUUAAAUACUUGCAGCGCAUUUGAAAAUGCCUGGAUACCGUUCUUAAGCAUCGUCCAGAGAAUGGAAAGUAUCAAAAGCUCGUUUGAUAUUCUCGAUGACCGAGAAUGAUUGAAAAAGGAUUUUACUAAAUUCAUAGCAUUACCCUUUGUACCGCAAUUUUCUACAGCUUUUGCUACUUUCGCUUCUUGGGAUUUUUAACUAAGUGCAAUAAAGUAUGAAAAAUGCAAGGCGUUGAUAUACAGGACUCAGUGUGGACUGUUUGAAUGCAUAUUCAGAGCUAUGUACUGGCACGAAUUUAUGGUAAUCAGAUAAUCGAGCCCUUUUGUUAUAAAAAAAUUGUUGAAAAGGUAUUUUAUGCGUUUUGUUUUCCAUGGAAAACAAAAGUGAUCAAAAAUGUAAUCGACUUGUUUCAAAUAAUUUAAUUGUAGCAAAAGGGUUAAGGAAUUCUGUCAACUAAAUUCAAAACCUAUGGUAUUGUUAAUGGUAUUUCACGCAUCCCUUUUUUCUGCACAACGUUAGACAAGGCAAGAGAACGGAUAUUCAAAGCAGAAAGGAACAGUAUCACAUAUACUGGCUUAAGUUUUCACUCGCUCUAAUCAUUAAUGGCUGUAGUUUCACAUAUUCAAUUUAUAUCACUCAUUAUUGCAUUAAUUUCUAUGUAAAUAUUAGUAAUGAAAUUUCAGGUUAAGUUUACCAACGCUUUGAAAGACAGAAUUUCAAAUAACUAAGCAAAUGAGUAAAACAACAAUUAUUGUUCGAAGGUGCUUAAACAUCUGACUUAAUUAUUUGAAAUACAUUCAAAUGGAUAUUCUUUGUGCGGUUGAGAAUUUUUUUAGUUGAAACAAUAUUUAAAUACCGCAUCAUGUACUAAAAAAUGAAAGCAUUCUUCUGUACCAUAUGAAAUCAUUUAGCGUAUUUUCCUUAUGCUUCAUGCUACAGGAUUGUAGAACAUACGAAAGUACUAAUGAAACGUGUUUUGUACUUAAUUAUAUAGAAUUACGAAUAGCGGAUUUAUUAUUUUCUGGCUUCAUAGAUGCGGAUUAGCCAGUCGAAAAACGAGAAAAAAAAAAAAAAAAACAAA